AUGGACCCGAAGACGGCCGGCCAUGUUCACCAAGAUCUUGCCCUGGUCUUCUUAUUCGAGACUAAAUCACAGCGAGAUUACGAACCACGCUUUACUAUAAACCGGAUCGGACGUCAAUUAGUCCGUGACAUACUUGCCAUUGACAGGGAAACUGGCCUCGAAAUGCUUAAUGGCUGGGGGAUACAUAUGAAAGCGAACAUUGAAAGUCCCCAGUAUCACUGGACCCUAGAGGAGUACGAAGCCUACAGACUUGAACAAGGGGCCGCAAGCUGGGCUGUGGAUUCAGUCAGCUGGAGUGCCGGCCUGCACGUCUCCCUAGCAGAGAAAGAAUCGACUCGGUAUUUUAUGAACGACAUUAUGACUGCCUGCUUGCUGGUAAAUGACCUUAUCAGCUUCGAGAAGGAAUUUGAUGAUCAUGCCAAGAAUGGGACCUUACACAAACUACGCAACGCAGUGGCUGUCUUGAUGACCAAUUAUGGCUACUCAGAGAAAGAGGCCCGUGACAUCAUUCGAAAGGAAAGUUUGGCUAUGGAGAAAGCUGGCUUGCUCAAAUACGAAAAUUGGAAAUACAACGGAGCCCCAAAGUCAGAUGAUCUCAGGAAAUUCGUGAUCUUUUCCAUGUUAAUGUGCAGCGGCUCUGCUUACUGGAUGUCUCAUUCUCCUCGUUAUAACCGAAGCAAAUUUUCAAAUACGGUUGAAAUGCGGGCUGGAAUCAUAGGGAAACAUCACGGAGGCCUGAAAGCUCUCAGAGAUCGUCCUAAACCCACAGCUUUGGCCAGUACAGGUUAUCCCAUGAAAUUGAUGAACCCUUUCCAGGCCCCCUUUAUUAAAGCAUCUGCCCAGGUUGGUCCUGUCUUUGCUAUUUGGAAGUAUUCUGUGCUAAAAGUCUAUCAGUUUGUGGAUGCCCCGUACGAGUAUCUGAUAUCAUUACCAGGGAAAAUGAUGCGCGAUAAACUUAUUGAGGGACUUAAUGAGUGGCUAAAGGUGCCAGAUUUGUCUCUGAACAUCAUCAAGGACGUCAUUGGAAUGUUGCACAGCUCAUCUCUGAUGCUUGACGAUAUCGAAGAUGGCUCAUUGCUUCGACGCGGACGUCCUUCAGUACAUGUAUUGUAUGGCCAAAGUCAGACGAUCAACAGCGCCAAUUACAUAUAUGUCAAGUCAGUUGCGAAGAUACUGACCCUAAAGGGUGCCACAUGUUUAGAGAUCUUCAUAGGUGAAGGCUCUUCUCUUCAUCGAUUACGAAACCUGACGAUUCAAUUAGACGAGCUUGAAAACCUACAUUGUGGACAGAGCUUGGACCUCGGCUGGCGUUACUUUGAAAGCUACAUCACCAUGGUCGAUAAUAAGACUGGUGGCCUCUUCCGUCUCAUAGUUCGCCUCAUGCAGGCCGAGUCCACUGUUCAAUCGACACCUGAUCUCCUAAAGCUGGCCACUCUAUUUGGCCGGUAUUACCAGAUUCGCGAUGACUACUACAAUUUAACAUCUGAGGAGUUCGCCGCUAAAAAGGGGUUCUGUGAGGACAUCUCAGAGGGAAAACUAUCUCUUCCAGUAAUUCACAUGCUGAAAAGCUGCUCCUCAUCGAGCCACCUACGGGCUGUUCUGUUCAGCCGCAUCUCCAACGUCGCUGGGGAGAUUUCCUUUGAGCUGAAAAGCUUUGUUUUGGCAGCCAUGAAAAAAGAAGGAAGUCUGGACUAUGUCAAAGAGGUCCUGGAGAAGCUUCACGUUGACAUAAUGGACCUGGUAGAGAAGGUUGAAAGCGAACUCGGCUGGAAUGCCGCGCUGAAGCUUUUGGUUCUUGGAUCAAGUACAUGA